GGAGGGUACAUGGCUGCCAAGGUCCAGAAAUUGGAGGAGCAGUUUCGAUCAGAUGCUGCUAUGCAGAAGGAUGGGACUUCAUCUGCAAUAUUUAGUGGAGUUGCCAUCUAUGUUAAUGGAUAUACAGGGCAGGAGCCUCAAGUCAUAUAUUACUUGAAAGGAGUGCUAAUGUCAUCACAAUUUCUAAUACUAGCUUUUGUAUCAAGUGCUUCCUGUGUGCCAGACUUAUUUCAUCGUCACAGCUUUGUUUGUUUAUGAAGACAGAGGAGAAAGCCUAAAGUAAAGCAUACAAUGUCCACAGUCACAACUAAAGGGUGUUAAAGCCAAGAUUUAACUCAGAUCCUUCUGCUGAGGAGUUGAGAAAGCUAAUGAUGUUGCAUGGAGGUCAAUACCAUGUGUAUUAUUCCAGAUCCAAAACAACACACAUUAUUGCCACAAAUCUUCCUAAUGCCAAAAUUAAAGAACUAAAGGGAGAAAAAGUAAUUAGGCCAGAAUGGAUUGUGGAAAGCAUCAAAGCAGGGCGACUCCUGUCCUACAUUCCAUAUCAGCUGUACACCAAGCAGUCCAGUGCACAGAAAGGUCUCAACUUUAAUCCUGUAUGCAAACCUGAGGAUGCCAUGCCAGGUCCAAGCAAUAUAACCAAACAGCUCAACAACAGGGUAAACCAUAUAAUUAAGAAGAUUGAGACAGAAAAUGAAGUAAAAGUGAAUGGAACGAACAGUUGGAAUGAAGACGAUGCAAGUGAUUUUAGUUUUGUAGAUCUGGAACAGACACUUCCAGGAAGGAAACAAAAUGGAAUCUCGCAUCACAGAGACAGCAAUGCCAUUUUUAAUGGACACACUCUUAGCUCUAAUGGUGCCUUAAAGACACAGGACUGCUUGAUUUCUGUGGGCAACAGUGUUGCCAGCAGGCUUUCUCCAGACUCUGCCCAGGAAGAGAAGAGGACUGAGGAGAGCAACACUGACUUCCGAGACUGCCCGCUGCAGCAGUUGCAGCGAAACACCAGAAAUGCAGAUGUGUUGCAGAAUUCACACAGAACUAAUUCUCUCUCACCAUCUUUGCACAGUAACAUGAAAAUCAAUGGUGCUCACCACUCCACUGUUCAGGGGCCUUCAAGCACAAAAAGCACUUCUUUGGUACCUACUUUUAGCAAGGCAGUACCUUCAGUGCCAUCCAAACCGUCAGACUGCAACUUUAUUUCAGACUUUUAUUCUCAUUCAAGACUGCAUCACAUCUCAACAUGGAAGUGUGAACUGACUGAGUUUGUCAAUACCCUUCAAAGGCAAAAUAGUGGUAUCUUUCCAGGAAGGGAAAAGUUAAAAAAAAUGAAAGGCAGGUCUUCCCUUGUUGUAACUGACACAGGAAAUAUUUCAGCGUUGAGCUCCCCCAGACAUCAGAGCUGUAUCAUGCAUGUGGAUAUGGAUUGCUUCUUUGUGUCAGUGGGUAUACGAAAUAGACCAGAUCUCAAAGGUAAACCAGUGGCUGUUACAAGUAACAGAGGAACAGGAAGGGCACCUUUACGUCCUGGCGCUAACCCCCAGCUGGAGUGGCAGCUCUAUCAGAAUAAAGCCCUGAAAGGCAAAGCAGCAGAUAUACCAGAUUCAUCAAUGUGGGAGAAUCAAGAUUCUGCACAAACAAAUGGAAUUGAUUCUGUUUUGUCAAAGGCUGAAAUUGCUUCUUGUAGUUAUGAAGCCAGACAAGUUGGCAUUAAGAAUGGAAUGUUUUUUGGACAUGCUAAACAACUGUGUCCUAAUCUGCAAGCUGUUCCGUAUGAUUUUCAUGCAUAUAAGGAAGUUGCACAAACAUUAUAUGAAACACUGGCAAGCUACACUUACAACAUCGAAGCUGUCAGUUGUGACGAAGCACUGGUAGACAUCACUGAAAUCCUUGCAGAGACCAGACUUACUCCUGAUGAAUUUGCAAAUGCCAUUCGUAUGGAAAUCAAAGACAAGACUAAAUGUGCUGCCUCUGUUGGAAUGGGUUCUAAUAUUCUCCUAGCAAGAAUGGCAACUAGAAAAGCAAAACCAGAUGGGCAGUACCACCUGCAACCAGAUGAAGUAGAUGAUUUUAUCAGAGGUCAGCUAGUUACUAAUCUACCAGGAGUUGGACGUUCAAUGGAAUCUAAGUUAGCAUCUUUGGGAAUUAAAACUUGCGGAGACUUGCAGUAUAUGACCAUGGCAAAACUCCAAAAAGAAUUUGGUCCCAAAACAGGUCAAAUGCUUUAUAGGUUCUGCCGUGGCUUGGAUGAUAGACCAGUUAGAACAGAGAAGGAAAGAAAAUCUGUUUCGGCAGAGAUCAACUAUGGAAUAAGGUUUACCCAGCCAAAAGAGGCAGAAGCUUUCCUUCUUAGUCUUUCAGAAGAAAUUCAAAGACGACUUGAAGCCGCUGGCAUGAAGGGAAAACGUCUGACUCUGAAAAUCAUGGUACGAAAGCCUGGGGCCCCUAUAGAAACUGCCAAAUAUGGAGGCCAUGGAAUUUGUGAUAACAUUGCCAGAACUGUAACUUUGGACCAAGCAACAGAUAGUGCAAAAAUAAUUGGAAAAGCUACUCUAAACAUGUUUCAUACAAUGAAACUAAAUAUAUCAGAUAUGAGAGGGGUUGGAAUUCAAGUGAACCAGUUGAUUCCCAGUAAUCCCAAUCCUUCUACAUGUUCCAGUCACCAGUCAGUCCUCUUUCCUGGUGCGUCACAUACUGUCCGUGAUCUCUUCCAAAUUCAGAAAGCUAAGAAACCCACAGAAGAGGAACACAAGGAAGUAUUUCUUUCUGCUGUGGAUCUGGAACUAUCACCUGCCACUAGAGCUUGUACUUUCUUGUCACCUUUGUCUUCACAUCUGGCAGCUGGUGUCAAUCCUGACAUUAACAGAGGCGAGACUUCAAGGAAAUGGAAUGGUCUACAUUCUCCUGUCAGUGUACAGUCAAGACUUAACCUGAGUAUAGAGGUCCCAUCACCUUCCCAGCUUGAUCAGUCUGUAUUAGAAGCACUUCCAUCUGAUCUCCGGGAUCACAUAGAACACAUUUGUGCUGCUCAGCAAGGAGAACCACGCGGCAACAAAAAGAAAGAACUAGUAAAUGGCUGCAGUGCAGGGGUAGUGCAGAAUCCUGUUGGUGCAGUUUUGUUGCAAAUACCAGAAUCUCAAGAAUGCAGUAGUGACACAGGAAUCAAUGUUAUAGCCCUUCCAGCAUUUUCCCAGGUGGACCCUGAGGUCUUUGCUGCCCUUCCUGCUGAGCUUCAGAAGGAGCUGAAAGCAGCUUAUGAUCAAAGACAAAAGCAGGGCGAGGAAACCACUCACCAGCAGACAGCCAGUGCAUCUGUGCCAAAGAAUCCUUUACUUCAGCUAAAGCCACCAGCAGCAAAAGAUAAGAGAAACAAGAAGAAAAAAUUCCCCAUCAGUCCUGCCAAAAAAAUUCAGAGUCCUUUGAAAAAUAAGCUGCUUAACAGUCCUGCAAAAACUCUGCCAGGGGUCUGUGGGAGUCCGCAGAAGUUAAUGGAUGGUUUUUUAAAGCAUGAAGGAACAGCUACCGAGACACCCUUGGGAGAACUUGCUGCUUCCACUUCAGGUGUGCAGGGAACUUCUAGUUUGCAGCCAGACCAGUACAGCUGUGUCAGACCUAUAGCACCCAAUCUUGCUGGAGCUGUUGAAUUCAGUGAUGUGAAGACCUUGCUCAAAGAAUGGAUAACUACUAUUUCAGAUCCAAUGGAAGAAGACAUUCUGCAAGUUGUGAAAUACUGUACUGACCUUAUAGAGGAAAAAGAUUUGGAAAAACUGGAUCUAGUUAUAAAAUACAUGAAAAGGUUGAUGCAGCAGUCCGUGGAGUCAGUUUGGAACAUGGCAUUUGAUUUUAUUCUUGACAACGUUCAGGUGGUUUUACAACAAACUUAUGGAAGCACACUUAAGGUCACCUAAUUGUUGCCAGAGAGCCUGGUGCUUUCUGCUAGCUGUGCCAUAAGUGCUUGUGAGGUUAUUUGCAAAGUGCAUGAUAGUAAUGCUCUGAGUUUUUAAAAUUUUUAAUUUUUAAGCGAGUGUUUUGUACAUUUCUUUUCAAAAAGUGCCAAAUUUGUCAGUAUUGCAUGUAAAUAAUUGUGUUAAUUCUUUUACUCAUAGAAUAGAUUCUAUUUACAAAAUGUUUGUUUAUAAAGUUUUAUGGAUUUUUACAGUGAAGUGUUUACAGUUGUUUAAUAAAGAACUGUAUGUA